CACUACGCUCUUUAGUCUCCUUGUUGUAGUUUCGGGUUGACGCUUAGACAUGGCGCAGGGAUAUCGCUACAAGUUCUGCUUCUUGUUGUUUCUUAUUGCCAUGAUUCAUUCAGCCACUGGUCAAUUUAACUUAACUGCAUCUGGACCAUAUGGAAUUGUUGGUUCACCUUUCACAUUCACCUGUAGGACUGAUUUUCUUCCCGAGGUUACCUGGUUUGUGAAUAAUACCGAGUACACGAUGCAUGGAUCUGGUAGAGGUGAAUGCUAUCCUAUGUCGCCUCUUCCGACAUUCUACACUUUCAACUGUACGUACGACAUCUUCACGCUAACAAUCAACUCUGUGAACAUCAGUCAGCAUCGAACAGUUUGGCGAUGUGGAGAAAUGUUUGGACCACCAGAGAGCAACACAAUAGUGCUGGAAGUUCGAGGUGGCCCAGGUUCAUCACUUCAUGUGAACACCUCCUCCUCAGUAUCUGUCAAUGAAAGGGAUGACGUAGUUGUGUCAUGCGCAGCAGACUGUUUCCUCCGAUGUGACUACACGUGGAUGUUCAAUGACAAGACAAUACGCAACUCAAGCAUUCUCUCUGUAUCCAGAAUUAACAGAUCAGAGAUUGGAACCUACACGUGUACCGCUGUCAACCCAGAUACACAACAAGCAGCAAAUACAACAGUUCACGUUUACGUACAGCGUGUGGCCCAUUUGACGACAUCUGGACCGUACGGAAUUGUUGGUUCUCCGUUCACAUUCACGUGUAGGACUCCAACUCCUGAGAUUACGUGGUUUGAGAAUAAUACCGAGUACAUGAUGUAUUCCAAUGGAAGAGGUGAAUGUGAUAUUGAUAUUUUGCCACACAUUCCAAGAAACUACAAUGUCAGCUGUUCAUAUGGACUCUUUACCCUAACAAUCAACUCUGUGAACAUCCACCAGCACAGAACAGCAUGGCGAUGUAGAGGGUUUCCUUGGGAAUCAACGAGCAACACAAUAGUGCUAGAAGUUCGAGACGGUCCUGGUUCAACAGUACGAGUGAACACACCGUCUGCAUUAAUUCCCGAAGAAGGAAGUGACGUAGCAGUGUCAUGCGCAGCAGACUGUUUCCUCCGAUGUGUCUUCACGUGGACGUUCAACAACAAAACAAUAAGCAACUCAAGCAUUCUUUCUCUACCCGGAAUUAACAGAACACAGAAUGGAACUUACUCGUGCACCGCUGUCAACCCAGAUACACGGCAAUCGGUAAACACAUCAGUACACGUGGAUGUGCUGUACCAACCUGUUAUUAAGUUGUUGCAGUUAAAGAAACCCGACACUAAAGCUGUUGUUGACGAAGUAAGACCCAUCACACUGAUAUGCGUUGUCGACAGCAACCCAACAUCUAGCAUGAAGUUGUUCAGGGACAGACAACUCAUACGACAGAUGACGAAUGUGACGAGUCUGGAAUACACCUGGCGCGAAGCUGUGUGCCAAACCUCGGGGACGUACUCGUGUGAAGCAGAAAACAGCGUGAAGUCACCGGCCAAGCACACCUUGGAACUGGCUGUGGAAUGUUUUCCAGGUAAAAAAGACGGUCGGUUCGCGGCAGGUUUUGGGGGAGGGAUUGGAACAGCAGUUGCCCUGCUCCUGCUAUGUGGAGCAGUCGUCCUUUUGUACUUACGGUUGAAGAAAUCUCGAAAACAGAAACAGGAGAAAAACUCGAGCAGAAACACGGAACAGCAGCUAUACAGUAAUGCAGCUUUUGGUAAUCAAGACGAGGCUGCUAGACCGGAAGCUCACGUUGCACCGGAAGCUGAUACUACUGUAUACUCAUCGCUUGGCGCUACAGGUUCUGAGGCCCCCUAUGAAGGUCUUACAUUUGAUAACAGAACACAAGAAGUGACGUAUGAAAACGUACAGAAGUGAACGCUGUUGAUUGGUUCCUUUCAUCAGACUUGAACUCCGUUCACUUGGUGAACUGCGACAGAACAGAACUUUAUUUCUUCAAGGUCGUUACACAACGGCAUAUGGAGAAUAUGCAAUAACAAUAUUUGGCAGUGACAACAUGGGUUUUUACAGGAGAUACAUAUAUAUGUAUACAGUACAAUACAUAUAUUUAAUAAAUUCACACACACACACACACACACACACACACACACACACACACACACACACACACACACACAUAUAUAUAUAUAUAUAUAUAUCUAUUUACAUACACACACAUACAUAUUCGUAAACAAAUAGAUAAUGGCAAUAAUGGAUAAUGUAUAUAUUAUCAGUUGUAGGCUGCUGUAGUUUUAGGGUUUAUGGAAUUUGUCAAUAAUUUCUUUUAUUAAUUUGCAUAGUUUCUUAAGGGCACUUAUUUUAUUAUUAGUCAUCAAACGCUUAUAUUUCAGCAUACUGGGUUUAAUAUAAUAGUAUGGCUUUAACAAUGAGUGACGUGAAUUUACGAAAAAUGUGCAGGUGAAUAAAUAGUGAAAUUCAUCCCCUAUGUCAUUUGUAUUACAUAAGGUGCAUGUUCUGUAUUCCACUGGGGUGUUGUUCCAGCGCCCUGUUUCAAUAGGCAUAUAAUGGUUGGAGGUUCUAAAUUUGAGUAAAGUAGUCCAGAACUUUUGUGGUAAUACGAUAAGAUAUUUCUCUAAACUAAGAAUUUCUUUAAAUAUAGCGUACGUUUUACCUCUUGACGAUGUAGAGAUAUCAGUAUUCCAUUAUUGUAGAUAUUGAUCACUUUGUCUUAGCUUUACGUGGUCAAGAAGCAGCUUUAUAGAAGAAAAGUUCUGUAUCAAACAAAUAUCGGUCAUACCCAAGUUAUUGAAUAAUCUUCCACAUAUUCCAUCCAUUUAUAGUUAUAUCCAUUUAGAACUGAGUCGUGUGACAUUAAUUCGUGCAGCCGAAAUGAUGAUCUCAUUCGUUUAAAGGCAUAUUGUCACAGACCACUGACCUAUUUAAAGUCUUACAAAGUAUUAACUGAACAAAAAUAAUUUGAUUUGUCCCUAAAUAAUUGAAUUAUGGGAAUGGUCCAUAAUUCAAAAACUACAAUUGCCGAGAGGGUUGACAUGGAUUUCACUCCACCAUGGUUCAGUUAAGGUGAUGCGAUAGCUAGCUUUGGUUUCCAUCAAUUAAUCCAAUUUUUAUUUAUUAUCCAUUUUUAGAGAAAUAAGGUCCUUAAAUCUGUGACAGUAUGCCUUUAACUGAUACAAUUCGGGCCCAGAAACUUAUAAUUCUUUGUUGAAUAACCAGUUUAAGGGGAAAGUGGGGUACCUUUUUUUAUGGGUAGGAUAUGCUUCAAGAAUGAAAUAUGAACAUUUUCGACAAUGUCAGUAUUUUCAUAACCCCAUAUUUCGCAUCCAUAUAAAAGAAUCGGAAGUACAAUUGAGUCAAAUAGUUUUAGUUUACACUCUACUGAAAGGUUGUUAUCUUUAGAUUUUGAUAGCACAAAGUACAUUACUUUUAUUGCCUUUUGUUAGAAGUUAAGCCUAAGUAUGUAUAUUCUUUUACGUUUUCAAUUUCAUGGUUUCCAAGUGUAAAUACCUUCUUGUAAUCGUUUCUAUUACCAUUAAAAAUGAUUAUUUUAGUUUUAUUUGCAUUGACUUUUAGUUUCCAUUUGUUACAAUACUGGGAAAAUACAUUUAGUGAUUGCUGUACGUCAGAGGCAUUAGUUGCGAGAAGCGUGGUACCGUCAGCAUGCAAUAGGCAUAGGAAGUGCAGGGUCAGAUCACAAAAGGUUUCCAUACCAUCUGUUUCGAAGGAUACUCCAUUACAAUUUUGAAAUUUUAAAACGUUUUCUAGAUCAUUUAAAUAGAGAGAGAAUAGGACUGGCGACAAAUUUUCUCCUCGACGGACUCCGAUGUUGCAAGGGAACUGUUCUGAGGUUCCAUUGAUUUUAUUCCUUGGUAUAUUUGAUUUAUGAUUUUAAGGAAUUUUCCAUUUAUGUUAUUGUCUAAUAGUUUUGGCCACAGGCAUGUUCUAGAAAUUAAAUCAAACGCCUUUUGGAAGUCAACAAAAGCACAGAAUAGUUUCUUUUUUCUUUUCUUUAACAUUUCUAUCAGUGAAUGUAUAUUAAAUAGAUGGUCUGUAGUGGAAUAACCUUGUCGAAAAGCAGUUUGGGCUUCAUUGAAUAUGUCGUUUUCUUCAAUACAUUUGUUCAAUCGGUUAUUUAAAAUUGUUGUAAAUAGUUUCGAAAUGCAACAUAGUAACUUUAUUGGUCUGUAGUUUUCUGGUAAUAAGCGACUGCCUUUAUUUUUGAAAAUGGGUUAAAUAACUCCAAUUAGCCAUUCACUAGGAAAAACGCCGUUUUCCAGGAUUAUGUUGCAUAAUUUGACAUAGAUUGGCAACAUCAUGUCCGCAGUCGUUUUAUCAUACUCAUUGAUGAUGUUAUCAAUUCCUGAUGCCUUUCCAUUUUUCAACUGUUUUAUAGCCUUUAUUAUUUGUCCUUCUCUCUACAUUUAUUUUUAUUUCAUUGUCAUCUGUUUCGCCUUUGUUUAAAUUUUUGAAAAAUAUACAAAAAUCAUCUAAAGGUGUUUUUUUUUUCUUCGUUUCGUCGUUUGAGUAGUUUAUAAAAAGCUUUAGGGUUGGUUGUUCUUAGCUGACGAAUUUGGUUUUCUAUAUUAAAUUUUUGGACCGACUGUUCUCUCAAACGACACUUUUUGUAUGAUAUAUUGGCAUUUAUUAGUCUUAUCUUAUUUUCAACUGUUUUAUACAAGUUAUAAGUUUUUCUGGCUUCAUGGUACUUUCCGCGUAGACUUAGACUUAGAUACGGUUUUAACGUGAUCAUAUACCUCUAUGGUUUCGAGCACGCCUGCCCCGAGUCCGGCCUCCGAUAAGAUCGGUGGUCUGACUCCGGGCAGGAAAAACCUAACUACUAUAAAAAUGUUGCAAUUUAGAAAUUUAACGCCAAAAUAAUAAAUUAAAAUAUGCCAACAUUAAUAAUU